AUGCUUUGUGACCCUCCGGCUGAGGCCUCUCUGUCGUUCCCGCUGGACUCGGGCACGUCUCAGUGCUUCUUCCGCGACCACACGACCCUUACGCCACUCCUCACUCCUGUGUCAGUAGCUCUGGCUGAUCCUACCUCUGGACCAGCCGUUGCGCGUAGCUCCACCACCCUCCCGUGCCCUGUGGUCCUCUCUGGUGUCCUGCGCGGCCUCCACAUCCCCUCGUUCACUCAGAACUUGGUGGGUGUUGGAUACCUCCAGGACAGGGGGAUCACGGUUACCUUCGUGGGGGGUGGGCGGACUGCAGUCUGUACACACGCUACCACAGGUGCUGUUCUAGCCACGUUCACCAAGGAGCCCCGCUCCGGUCUCUACGUUCUCCACACCGAGCGCUCCCCGGUCGUGUCCUCCCCUCAGGUCGUUGCGUCCCCUCCUGCCCAGGUCCCUAGUCCAGUUGCGGUGUCUAGCCAAGUAGUCGCGUCCGGUCCGGUCGCUGUGUCCAGUCCAGUCGCUGCGUCUUGCUCCUGUCGCUCUCUAGCCCACCCCACCGUCCUGUGGCACCACCGCCUUGGCCACCCGUCGAUCCCUCGCCUUCGUGGCAUCCUCAGUCAGGGACUUGUCACAGGUCUCCCACGCACCUUCCCGUCGCUCCCUCCCUCGCUUGCCCCUCCUUGCUCUCCGUGCGUCGCCGGUCGCUUACGCGCCACUCCCCACUCCUCCUCCCUUCGUCCGGCCACUGCCCCCUUCGAGACUCUCCACUUGGACGUCUGGGGCCCUACCCCGACUUGUCUCCACUUAGACCGUGGGGGCGGGUUUCGCUCCGGCAUUCUCGGCGGAUUCUGCUGCAAACAGGGCAUCACACAGUCCUGGACGCUGCCAGAGUCCCCACAGCAGAAUGGGGUUGCUGAGCGCCGCAUGGGCCUGGUCAUGGACAUUGCCCGCACGUCCAUGAUCCAUGCCCGUGCGCCCCAUUUUCUGUGGCCCUACGCGGUUCGCUACGCCGCACACCAGCUGAACCUCCAGCCGCGUGUCUCGCGGCCCGAGGCUUCACCGACCAGUCUUUGGACUGGUUCCCCUGGUGUUGGGUCGGCCUUUCGAGUCUGGGGCUGCCUUGCGCUUGUUCGCGACACCUCUGCGGACAAGCUCUCGGCACGCCCCGUCCCCUGUGUCUUCUUUGGUUUCCCAGUGGACUCUGCCGACUGGUCCUUUUACCACCCGCCCCUCCACCAGAUCCUAGACUCCCGUGACGUCCGGUUUGACGAGUCUGUGUCCUACUACCCCCUCCCCCCCUUUUCCUGGCACCCUCUCCUCCUCCUGCUCUUGCUCCUCCGGUACCCCCUCCCCCCCCUGGUCCUGCCCCGUCUGGUUCCUGUGGACUUGGUUGGUGUUGGAGCUGGAGGUGCAGCCGCUGGUGGUGCGCGGUCUGGGGGUGCUCGUUUGCGGGGUGCUGGAGCUGGAGGGGCUGGUGCAGGUGGCGCUAGCUCUGGGGGUGCUAGAGCUGGGGGUGCUGGAGUUGGAGGUGCUAGCGCUGGAGGUGCUAGUUCUGGGGGUGCUGGAGUUGGGGGUCCUGACACUGGAGGUGUUGGUUCUGGGGGUGCCGAGUCUGAGGAGACUGGAGCUGGAGACCCUGGUUCUGCGGAGUCCACUCCGCCUCCCCACCGCCACGACACGCGUCUCCAGGCUGCCCGUCGGCGUGAGCGUGAGGAGCAGGAGCGGUUGGAGAGGGAGCGGCGGGAGCUGCAGGUGCUGGACCUUUUGGAGCAACAGAGGCAGCAGCAGCAGCAGCAGCAGCAGCAGCAGCAACAGCAGCAGCAGCAGCCACAGCAGCAGCCGCAGCCGUCGCUGCAGCUGCAGCGGCAGCAGCAGCAGCGGCAGCCGCAGGCGCUUCCACAGCUUCCUCUGGAGCGGCAGUUGUUCCCACCUGUGAGUGGCCUGCGGGCCCUUGGCCUUUCCUCCUCUCCUCCUGUCCGCUCCCAGUCUCCUCCUGUGUUUGUUCCUCCGUUGCCUCCUCUUGACGACCAUCCGGCGGUCUGGUCUCCUCCUCCUCCUCAGUCUCCUCCUCCUUCUGUCCGUCGCGACUUGAUCACCAGUUGUCCUCUGCAUGCUCGUCACUCGUCCCCUGUUACUGACCUCCACACUGCCCUCCUUUGUUCGUCUCGUGGUCGUUCUCCUUCUCCUGUGUCUGUUCUCCCAUCUCCUCCUCCGUCCUCUCUCACAACCCUCCCCACUCCUAUCUCUGACUACUACCGCGCUGUUCGUCUUGUUGCCGCACGUGUCCUCGUCACUCUUGUCACCAACUCUCGUUUCCCUCCGUCGUCUGCCUCGGCUCUCACUGCCGCUGUCGCUGAGUUUGCUGCCGCCAGCCGCCUUGACUACGCCACCCCUGUGGUGCCAGCUCCUCCCUCCCGUCCUCUGUCUGUCUGUCCUCUGUCCUCUGCCCUUGGCUGUGACGUCGUAGAGGACAGAGAGUCUGAGCUGGAGUACUGGGCAGCCGCUUCUCUCUCUGUGUGUGCCAUGCUGCUCUCCCCUGAGAGAGACCCCGACGCCCUUGACAUACCGACUCCUCGCACUUACCGCGAGGAAGUGUCAGGGGCGUGGGCCUCUCAGUGGAAAGCGGCUAUGGACUCAGAGUUGGCGUCUUGGAGAUCCACAGGCACCUACGUCGACGCAGUUCCCCCUCCCAGGGCGAACGUAGUCGAUGGCAUGUGGCUCUUCAAGGUGAAGCGGCCGCCUGGAGCACCGCCGGUGUUCAAGGCGCCCUACGUGGCUAGGAGCUUGAGUCAGCGUGAGGGAGUUGACUUCUUCCAGACCUUCGCCCCGACCUCGAAGAUGACUACUCUUCGGGUGCUACUCCACAUAACAGCGCAGCGAGACUACGAGCUGCACUCCCUCGACUUCUCCACUGCGUUCCUCCAGGGCCGACUGCACAAGGAGAUCUGGCUGCGCCAUCCUCCUGGCUUCACUGACACCUUCCCACCUGGGACCCACCCGUCCUCCGCCGACCCGUCGUUGUUUGUUCGAGCGGGUUCUACUCCUUUCUUUAUCCUUGUCUACGUCGACGACUUGGUGUUUCCUACCGCAGGCAGGGCAGCCCUGGCUCAGGUGAAGUCUGAACUGCAGAAGAGACAGAAGUGCACUGACCUGGGUGAGCUGCAGCGCUACCUUGGCCUGCAGAUCACCAGGGACAGAGCCGCUCGCACCAUCACACUGAUGCAGUCACACAUGGUGCAGCAGGUCCUUCGGUGGUUCGACUUCCAGUUCUCCACUGCACAACCCACUCCUCUUGCUGUUGACCACCGACUCACUGGCCCCUUUCCUGACGAGCCCUUUGAGCCCAGUGGUCCCUACGUAGAGCUUGUGGGUUGCCUCAUGUACCUGAUGACUUGUACUCGGCCGGACCUCGCCUUUCCCCUCAGCAUCCUCUCUCGCUUUGUUGCGACUGGGAGACACCGUCCUGUCCACUGGACAGCUGCUGUGAGGGUGGCGAAGUACUUGGCGACUACAUCAGGCAUGGGGCUUGUGCUUGGAGGGACUCAGCCAGUGGCGUUGACUGGUCACUGCGACUCUUCCUACGCUGACGACGUGGAGACUCAGCGCUCGACUCAGGGUUACUGCUUCAGUCUGGGAGCUGGUGCUGUGUCGUGGAGGUCUACACGGUCGUCGUCUGUGGCUACUUCCAGUGCAGAGGCAGAGAUCUACGCUGGUGCCAUGGCGGCACAGGAGCUUCGCUGGUUGACCUUCUUGCUCGCCGACCUUGGUGAGCGGCCUCGCUCUGCACCGACCUUGUACGCUGACAACAAGGCCAUGAUCCUCCUGUGUCAAGAGCCUCGACUGGAGAGCAGAGUGAAGCAUAUUGACGUGAGGUGCUUCCUCCUGCGAGAGCUGCAGCGACGCGGCCAGGCACGCCUGGACUUUGUGGCCUCAGAGGCCAACACUGCAGACGUCUUCACCAAGGCCUUGGCGCUUGGUGAUCACCACAGGUUCUGUGUGCAGUUGGGGCUUGUUGAGCCUAUGGGGGUGUGUCAAAUGUAA